ACUGACUUCCCAGAAAAUCAAACCGCAAAGCCACAGCCCAUUAGAAACGCAAAACAAGAGAGAAAGGAAACCGGCGAGGCAAAGUCGAAGGCGGAGAAGCGCCGCAGAUGACGGAGCCAAGACGAUUGAGAGGUCACAAGGCCACCGCCACUUGCUGUACCGCCUCACGUGACAAGCCCGGCCUCGUCGCCACUUCCGGCGAAGAUGGUUGCAUUUGUUGGUUUGAUAUGCGAUGCAAAGAUGUGAAAUUUGUUAUGGAUGUUAGCAAUGAACCAAUUUCAUCCCUUUGCUUCAACUCAGGAAAUGAGAAUAUCAUCUAUGUUUCCACUGGAAAUGAGGUCAAGUGCUUUGAUGUGCAUACGUUAGCAGAUAACUCAUGGAAGCCUUUGGAGAGCUAUAACUAUAAUAAAGAGGAGAUAAAUCAGGUUACUUGUAAUUCCAGAUCAUCUUUCCUUGCAUCUGCGGAUGAUGGCGGUGAGAUUAAGAUCAUUGACAUUCGUCAGAAACGUAUUUUCAAGACAUUGAGAGCCGGACAUACAAGUAUUUGCAGCAGUGUUCAGUUCAUUCCUUGGAGACCUUGGGAAAUCGUUACCGGAGGUCUUGAUUCGAAGUUUAUCAUAUGGGACUUCUCAAAAGGGUGCCCAUCCAAAAUUGUGGAUUUUGGCCUGCCCGACAUGCAUAGUGGUAGUAAUGCUGGACAAUGUUUAAAUCCAGCUUUUGUUCACUCAGUAAAAGUUCCAGAUGUUGAUAUGUUGGACAAAAUAGGCAAGAUAUGUGUUGUGGCAAGGGGUGAUGGUGUUAUUGAUGUGAUUAAUACAGAAUCAGAACUUACAGCCACAAAACCUAAAAGUUCCACGAAAUCCCGAAAAGGAACUCAGUCCAAAGGAAGCGACGGUGGAGUUCCCGAUGAAAAUGGAAGAAAAUGGUUGCAUUUAGAUUACUCUUUAGGUGGUCAUACUGCUGCCGUGUCUUGCAUGACAUUUUCGUUGUUUGGAGAGAAGGGGAAGUUCCUUGUAUCGGGUGGAAACGAUAAGUUAGUCAAAGUCUGGGAUUGCUCUAGGUGUCUCGAUUCAUGGCAGACAGGAGAUACCAACGAGCUGCUACAUUUGAAUAUCAAUUUAACCAAAAAGGUUAAUUGGCUCUGUACAACUCCAGCUGAAUCGGACAACCUCGUUGUCUGUGACACAACUAAACUUGUGAAGGUCUACACUGUUUCCUAAACCAAAGCUGCGGAAUCAUCACGUGAGGUUUGUCAUUUAUUACUGUUUCUGGAGUAUGUUGUUGCCAAAGAUUGACAUGGCAUCGGGAGCACUAGGAAAUUAUGUAAGCUUGAAAUAGUUGGUUAUGGUGAGUAUUAUCGUUGUUGAAGAAAAUACAAAGGAAAUAAAUAUAAUCCCAUAGCUGGUACCGUGUUGAUGUAAAGUUGAUACUGCAAAUUUUGGAGUAGUUCAUUCCUUUUACCUUUCAUCCCUUGUGAACAAGUAAGCUGACUCCUUUCACUUCAUUAUACUUAGCAUUGGACUGCAAAGCAAAAAUAAGUAUUGUAGCAUGAUAAACAAAGGUUAUGUAACCCACACAAAUAUAAUCAUUUAUUUGUUUUGCUUAAA